CUUACUGGCCACGCAAUGUGUCAACGUAUCUUCAUUUCCCAACUUUCCAAACCAGGUGACGUGAAAGGAGACACCCUGAUUGACAUCGGCAGUGGCCCCACCAUUUACCAGCUCCUGUCCGCCUGCGAGAACUUUAAGGAGAUCGUCGCUUCCGACUACACAGACCGGAACCGCCAGGAACUUGAGAAAUGGCUGAAGAAGGAGCCGGGAGCGUUUGAUUGGACCCCAGUGGUGAAAUACGUCUGUGAGCUGGAAGGAGACAGGGGAAAGGAGGCUGAGAAAGAGGCAAAGUUAAGGAAAACCAUCAAACAGGUUCUGAAAUGUGACAUCCACAAAAGCAACCCCAUGGAUCCAAUCAUCUUGCCUCCAGCUGACUGCUUGAUCUCAUCCCUGUGCUUGGAAGCUGCUAGCAAAGAUCAGAACACGUACCGCCUUGCUCUGAAGAACAUCAGCUCCCUGUUAAAACCUGGAGGACACUUGGUGCUGAGUGGAGAUUUGGGCUGCAGUUUCUAUAUGGUUGGCCCUACACGGUUCUCUUGUUUGGUGCUGAGAGAGGAGUUUCUGAGGGAAGCCCUCAGUGAAACUGGCUUCAGCAUUCAAGAGUUUGAGGUUCUCUUCAGGGAUGAUAAUGUCGACGACAGUUCUGAUUUCUCUGGCAUGUACUUCAUUCUCGCUCGCAAAGAGGAAGCGGUGUAAAUCCUGGGGAGUGUGGGUAAAAGAAACCCUUCCUAAAGGAAGAGGAAUAAUAUUAGGAAUAAACAUAAUGAAAUUCGUGCA